GUCUCGAGUCUCAGUGAUACACAAUUUCAUCAUCCUCAGUCAACGCAUUCUCAGCCGUCGUUUUAUGGUCUGUCAGAGGAUAUCUGUCUCUAGUGUGCACUCUGUCGCAAAGCAUUUAAAUUCAUUAAACUGUUGUAAAUUGUUGCAUUUAUUUCUAAAUUGCUCUUGUGGGAGAAUAAAUUUAAGCAACGGUUGAAAUGGGGACAAUUUUAAGAAGCCUCGGAUUGCUCCUACUUGUGAGUUAUGGAACUUUUGCAUACAACAAGGACAUUUAUCAAGUAAAGUUUCCAAAUGAACAUGAAGAGCAAGGAAACCUUCUCCCAAAAAUUAAACAGGAUGCGGCCGUAGCAAGGGAUCCUUAUAAAGUCAAUGGAAAUGGGACUAUUUGGGCUGUGUUGGUAGCAGGCAGCAAUGGAUAUUACAAUUAUAGGCAUCAGGCUGACAUCUGCCACGCAUACCAAAUUUUGUUGAGAAACGGAGUGGCUAAGGAACACAUUAUCGUUCUAAUGUUUGACGACGUCGCGAACAGUGAAGAGAACCCGACUCCCGGAGUGAUAAUCAACCGGCCGAACGGUCCAAACGUGUAUGCUGGGGUAGAAAUCGACUACAAAGGAGAUGACGUAAAGCCGGAUGUGUUCCUGAAAGUCUUACUUGGGGACGAGAAAUCACUAAGGGGCGUGGGCACUGGCAGAGUUCUUAAAAGCGGUCCAGAUGAUCAUGUUUUCAUCAACUUUGCAGAUCAUGGUGCACCAGGUUUAGUCGCAUUUCCUUCAGAAGAACUCCACGCACAGGACCUCAUCUCGACGAUAAAGAAAAUGCAUCUUACCAAGAUGUAUGCAAAGAUGGUCUUGUACGUUGAAGCCUGUGAAAGUGGGUCUAUGUUUGACAAUCUGCUGCCAGCCCAUUGGAACGUAUUUGCGACCACGGCCGCGAAUGACGUUGAAUCUUCGUACGCCUGUUACAUGGAUGACUAUAGAGAGACGUACUUAGGAGAUGUGUACAGCAUCAAAUGGAUGGAGAAUUCAGACCAGGCGAACCUGGAGCAAGAAACCUUACAAAAGCAGUUUUUGAUUGUAAGAAACGAGACAAACACCAGCCAUGUGAUGGAGUUUGGAGACAAGUCCCUGAGACGACUGCCAGUUGCACAGUUUCUCGGAGAGUCAGAACCGGAAAGGAAAGUUCGUCUGCCGGAAGUUGAGUUGAACGCCGUCGAGUCUUCCGAGGUUGUGAGGGAAAUCCUAGAACGCAAGCUCAUCUUGAGCAACUCGACUGAACAAAAGAAAAAUUUGCGAUGGAAAUUAAAGCGGUUCCACAAGUUGAGAAAGCUUGUUAAAACUGAGAUGAAGGAAAUUGUGUCAAAGGUGACGAAGGGGCUUGAGACGGAGAUGAAAGUGUUGGAACAUACUCGCAUGCCAAUAACGAACUGGGAUUGUUAUGAACAGACUGCAAAAUACUACUCACGAGAAUGCUUCUCCAUUGCAAAAAAUCCAUAUGUCACAAGACAACUUUAUCUUCUGGCGAACAUGUGUGAGCGUGGAUGGGGCGCGGACGCAAUUCAGCAAGCUAUGUCUUCCACCUGCAAUCAUUCCAGCCUUCAAGGAAUCAAUUAAACACGCAGUUUCUUUUAAUUAAUCGUAUUCUACUGUAGUUGACUUUUAAUUGACCAAAAUUAUUCAAUAAUUUAAAAUGACUAAUAAAAAUCAAAAUUGUUUUUGUGAGCCCUACAUAA